AAACUCCGUCAAGUUUUCCGUCGUACAUAAAUUCACUUAAAAUAUAUUGAUUCAUUCACAGUCGUUUAUUAGUGGAUAUAUUUGGCAAGUAUUUGGUUAUUUUCGUUCCGGAUUUUACCCGCCAUUGUGAUUUCAUAUCCGAGUCACGUGACUGACAUCCACACAAACCACAAACCUAACCACAGUUUUGUGAAAUGGCUGACGAUAAAGAAGUGGAAAAAACGAUCGCAGAGGACUUGGUUGUAACCAAGUACAAACUUGCCGGACAAAUUGUGAACCGUGUUCUAGAGCAAGUGCUUGCAAAAUGCGUGCCGGACGCGUCUGCGCGAGAGAUUUGCGAGUUCGGAGACAAGACUAUCCUUGAUGAGACCUCAAAGGUGUUCAAAAAGGAGAAAGACUCCAAAAAAGGCAUCGCAUUCCCAACAUGCGUGUCGGUAAACAACUGUAUAUGUCACUUCUCACCCAUCCCUAGUGAAACUGACUACAUCCUGAAACAGGGUGAUUUGGUGAAAGUAGAUUUGGGUGCACACAUAGAGGGCUUCAUUGCAGUAGUGGCACACACCAUCUGCGUGGGAGGCGGCGAGGUGACAGGCCGUGCUGCAGAUGUUCUCCUAGCUGCCCAUUAUGCAAGUGAAGCUGCUUUGAGAUUGCUCCGGCCAGACAAUGAGAACUACGCAGUAACCGAUGCUGUACAGAAGAUCUCAGCAGAGUUCGGCUGCAAGCCCGUGGAGGGCAUGCUGUCGCACCAGCUGAAACAGUUCCGCAUCGACGGAGAGAAGAGCAUCAUCCAGAACCCCUCGGAAGCGCAGCGCAAGGAGCAUGAGAAGUGCACACUUGAGACCUAUGAGGUGUACGCUAUGGAUGUCCUAGUUUCCACGGGAGAGGGUGUUGGUCGUGAAAUGGACACGCGGUGUACGAUAUACAAGAAGACCGAGGAGAUAUAUCAGUUGAAACUGAAGGCAUCUAGAAUGUUCUACAGUGAGGUACGCAAUAAGCACGGGUCCAUGCCGUUCAACCUGAGGAGCUUCGACAAGGAGACCAGCGCGAGAUUAGGCGUCGUCGAGUGCGUCAACCACAAACUCAUCGAGCCUUUCCAGGUCCUGUACGAGCGGCCUGGAGAAUUGGUAGCGCAGUUCAAGUUCACGGUGCUGCUGCUGCCGAGCGGCACGCACCGCAUCACCGGGCUGCCCUUCGACAAGGCCACCGUCAAGAGCGAGCGCUCCGUCAAGGACCCCGAGCUCACUUCCCUCCUGAACUCCUCUGCGAAAGCCAACAAGAAGAAGAAAAAGAAGACCGCCGAGGAACCUAUGGAAGUCGAAACCGUUGCCUAGCAACCGUCUAAUUCCCUUGAAGAAAUCUAUUUGAAAUCAACAGCUAUCGCAUUACCCUCUAAGGACUCUACAGACUUCGUUCAAACUUAGAUAUCUCAAAUUGAGACUAUCAUCGUAAACCCCUCCACAGAUUGAUGUUAAUGAAAUUAUAAAUGUGUGUAUGAAAUUGUUAUCGUAAUUAUUGUUCAUCUAGGUGUUUUCUCUAAGAAGCUAAUGUAAUGACCUAUCAUAUCCUACAAGACAAUAGAGCACUCGUUUUUGUAUUUCGUUCAUUUUGUGUUUUGUAGCUACGAUUUUCUGACGUCUUUGAUAGAUGAAUACUUUGUACAUACUGAACACCUACAU